CAGAGCCCGACUCAUGAACCGUGAAAUCAUGACCUGAGCUGAAGUCAGACACUUAACCGUCUGAGCCACCCAGGUGCCUCAACACCAUUGAUUCUCUUAACAUAUCAAUUGUACCAUCAUAAUGUCUUUCAGGGGAAUCCAUACAUGAUUAUCUCUUGCCUCGUAACCACCUUGGUUAUGAAUUCUGUAAUUACAUACUCAGUAAGAUGGCACGUAUUUCUGCAUGAAUGUAUGCUUUCCUUUUCCUUCUUGUUGUUUAGUGAAUAAACAUCAUUGGUACAGGAAGGUGAGUUGAAAUGAGGAUAUUCUUUCAAGGUUAAUUUAAAUUGGAUUCCCAGAUACUUUUAUCUAUGGUUGUCUCUGAGAGGUAUUGAUCCUAGGAUAUAGAGAUAGCUUCAUUUGUCCUUUUUCUUCCCUCACCAGAAAUAAUUUGGGCAUGUAACUCAGUUUUUAAGUUGGCAUGCAGCUCUGGAGUAGUGUUAACAGGAGGACAAAGUGCAUAUCUGAAACGGAGUGAUUUCUAGGAUGCCUUUGGGCACAGACAGGAAUUAUUAAAAACAAAUACUUGAGUAUACAGUGCUGCAGUCUUGGGUAAAAUGGCCAGCAGGCCUGCUGUUGCGCGUCAGGCUGGUGGCCAGAGGGUAUUUGAAAAUGGUGUUACAAUGCUGCAGGGUUCAAUAAACUGGGGUUAAUGCGAGGUGUUACCAUUUAUGAACAUGAUGAUGUGAAAGAGGCCAUAAAGCUUCCUGAGAACCUGUAUAAUGACAACUUGUUUUGCAUUCAGAGAGCAGUGGACCUGACUAUAAGGCUGUGUAUCUUGUCUAAAGAGCAGUGGACAAAAUAUGAGCAGGAUAAAUUUUACUUUGCACUAUAUCUGAAAGAAGUUAUUUGGGAAAGAAAAGAAUGGGCAAAGAAAUAAUCGCGGAGUUUAAGUUGGUGGUUAUAGCUGCCCUGAAACAUUUUUUUACGAGUUGGAUAAACCAGGGGCACCUGGGUGGCUUAGUCGGUUAAGUGUCUGAUUUCAGCUCAGGUC